AUGUCAAAGGCCGUUUAUGCAAAAAUUUGGAUGAGUACGAGGUACUUCAACCUGCGAAGGAGAUACGGAUGCAUUAAGGUUUGUGGCCGUCUAAGUCCUUGGUUAUACGUUUGGUCCUUUUAUUGUCUAUCGCUUGUUUUUCCAGCCCUUAGUAAUGAGAAUAAGAAACUUUUAACCUUUGGAAUUUGGAAGGAGAAUGAUGUCGGUUAUAACAAAUGUGCACCACCACCAUAUGAAUGA